UACACAGUAACCGGCUUAGUAAUACCUAUCAGGCGUAGGUAUAACCAGUCUCUAUGAUCGCUACAGUAAGAGCGCACGUUAGUUUAGUGAAUAAAACCGUCUAAAGUUUUCCUUUAGUUUGCGUGUAACUGUGAUAUUCGGCUGAUAAGACAAGGUCCAGUACAAGCAUGGGUAAGGUAGCGACGGCGGAGGUGCUGCGCUUCAUGACGGAUUGCCUCAAGACCGUCGGCACCAACGCGAAGGCUGCGCGGCAGACGGCGGAACUGCUGCUCCAGGCAGACCGCCUGGGACAUCCCAGCCAUGGACUUAAUAGGUUUGAAUACUACAUAAACGACAUCGUAUCAGGCGCCUGCACCCCCAACAAGGAGCCCCGGGUGCUGAAGGAGACGGCCUCCACGGCGUGGGUGGACGCCCACUCCGUGCUUGGAGCCACGUCCAGCCACUUCGCCAUGGACCUGGCCAUCAAGAAAGCGAAGACGACUGGCAUUGGAUGGGUCACUGUGAAAGGAGCGAACCACUUCGGCAUAGCUGGUUGGUGGGCGCAAAAGGCAGCUGACCAGGGCUUCAUAGGAAUGGUCUUCACUAACACCUCUCCACUCAUGGCACCUACCAGAAGUAAAGAGUCUGCACUUGGAACAAACCCGAUAGCAGUGGUGGCCCCGGCGGCACAGGGGGAGACUUUCUACUUAGACAUGGCCACUACAGCUGUAGCUGUUGGUAAGAUAGAGAUGCAGCGACGGAAGGGAGAGCCGCUGCCCCCGGGCUGGGCACAGGGGCCUGACGGAAGAGAGACCACUGACGCUGACCUGGCCUACGAUACCGCCUGCCUCAUGCCGUUGGGAGGUGGAGAAAUGAAUUCAGGAUACAAAGGCUACGGACUCGCAGCCAUGGUAGAGCUGUUUUGCGGAAUAAGUUCAGGCUCCAAGUACGGUCACCACAUCCGCUCCUGGUCGCACAGCGGGGACGGUGGUCCGGCGGACCUCGGCCACUGCUUCGUGGCUCUGGACCCAGGGUGCUUCGCCCCAGGCUUCGGCGACCGAAUGAAUGAGUCUAUGCAGCAUUGGCGGCAGCUGAAACCGACGGACCCGUCCCUGCCAGUGCUGGCACCAGGAGACAAGGAGCGCAAGGCGGCUGCAGACACGGACUGCAGGGGCACCGUGACCUACUUAAAGCAGCAGCUCCAAGCCAGCGCAGCCCUGGCUGAGCGGCUCCAAGUCAAGCCCAUGGCUGUCGAAGAGACCGAUUGAUUUAUAUGGCUGCAAGGAUACUCUUGCUGGACAAAUUACAGAAAAAAGUUAAAAAAAAUAUAUCUCAACAAUAGUUUUAAUAAAGGUACCAAAGAUAGGAAUUUCUCUCAUCUCUACAAUAAAAAAGGUCGGUCCCUGUGCCAAACAUCCUGUAUACUAUACAUGCCCCGUCCCGUCUUCAGUAAUACUAACACACAUUUGCUCGUUUCUUGGUAGGAAUACCUAUCUAUCGGAGAGAUUUUUGAAAAGCUUAUCUUACCUAAGUAUAUUGUAUAUAAUUUGAUACUAAUCUUA